GAAAGGAAAAAAUAAAAUCAAGAAUUGACCAUUUCUUUAAAAAUUGAGAGUGGUCAUUGUUGAUGAUGAGAUAUUGAAAAUUCCCACCAUCAACAAUGCCAAGCAAACUUCAAAGAGCAAUUGGUGCAGUCAAGGACCAAACCAGCAUUAACCUAGCCAAGGUUUCAAACACCACUUCCUCUUCCCUUGAAGUUGCUGUGCUCAAGGCCACCACCCACGAUGACGACCCGGUCGAUGAGAAGUUUGUCCGCGAGGUCCUCCUCCUCGUCUCCUCCAACAAGUUCAACGCUGCGGCCUGUGCACGUGCCAUUGGCAAGCGCAUAGGCCGCACGCGGAACUGGAUGGUGGCGCUCAAGUCUUUGAUGCUUGUACUCCGGAUCUUUCAGGACGGCGACCCCUACUUCCCUCGGGAGGUCUUCCACGCCAUGAAACGUGGCGCGAAGAUCCUCAACCUCUCCUCCUUCCGAGACGAGUCGAGCUCGAGCAGCCCGUGGGACUUCACGUCCUUCGUCCGGACCUUCGCCCUCUACCUAGACGAGCGCCUCGAGUGCUUCCUCACCGGCAAGCUCCAACGGAGAAGGCACGUUAACGGGCUGGUCAAGGAGAGCCCGACCUACCAACGUGUCACGACCCGCGGCAGGCGGUCUAGCGAGCCGGUUUUAGAUAUGAAACCGGCAAUGCUCCUCGACCGGAUCACGUAUUGGCAACGACUGCUUGACCGGGCAAUCGCCACCCGGCCAACGGGAGAGGCCCGGAUCAACCGAUUAGUCCAAACGUGCUUAUACGACGUCGUUCAAGAGAGCUUCGAUCUAUACAAAGACAUCUCAGAUGGCCUCUCUCUCAUUCUUGAUAACUUCUUCCAUCUACAAUUCCAAAAUUGUGUCAGUACCUUCCACGCUUGCGCCAAAGCUGCAAAGCAAUUCAAAGAGCUAAACAAUUUCUACACUUUAUGCAAAAGCAUAGGUGUUGGGCGUAGCUCUGAGUAUCCAAGCAUUCAAUCAAUAUCGGAACACCUAAUUGAGGCUUUGCAAGAAUUCUUGAAUGAACAAUCCACUUCUCUAUCAUCCAAUGCAAAGGCCAUUCAAGACAAAGAAACAGAGAGAGGUAAUCAGGGGGAGAGAUCGUUGUCCGAGGUGGGAUCACCGUGCACCUCGCUACAAGACCUAAUCAAUGCCACAGCGACGAAGACGUCCGCGUGCCCAGCUAUCUCCAUCGAUCUCGAGGCCUACGAGGAGCCCCCACAGCGAGACGAGGCGUUCAUGAUGAGCGAGACGUCCUCGAUCAGGUCCCUCCCCGUCUCCUACUCCAUGGUCGACCUCAUCUCGCAGUGGGACGGGUCGGACCUCGAUGACCGAGAACAACAACGACACCACAGAUUCCCACAAUCGUCGCCCUCCGACAAUUGGGAGCUCGUGUUGACCGAGACACUAGCCUCGCCAUCACCACUAUCCUCACCCUCAAUACUGCCAAUGUCUGACAAAAUGCCAACACAUGCUGCAGAGGAGGCGGGCCCCUCUGCGGCCCCUACUGGCAACUUGUCAGACAAUUGGGAGCUUAUUUUAUUCGAGCCGGACCUACCGCCGAGGCAAUCUCAACCGUACCAACAAGUACAGAGCCACCCAAUGCCACCAAACAACUACUACAAUCCAUUCUUAGAUGAUCCAAUUGAAGCACCCAUCCUUCAACAUACGGUUUCAAUGCCUACAUUCCGUGCAAUUCCUCAAUUUCCAAUGCAAUUUCAAAUUCAAAGUCCAUUUUUAGGACAUAAUGAGGUGGAACAUUUUUCAAGGAGUAAUUCAUUGGACCAACAAUUUGUGGCGCGUGAGCAGCAACAAUGGUUGAUGAACCAAAACAAUGUCACAUGCAAGUAUAUCUAACUUGGAUUAUUAGUAUAGUUGGUGGAGGGACGAUCUCCUGACGAGAGACUAUUACGAGUUCGAUUUUUACGGAUGCCAUCUAAUUCUCACUUAGAAUUUUACUUCAAAAAGCAGUUGAGAGGGAAUUCUAUGUAUACUUGAGACUAUUGUUUGCUUUCUUGAUUUUGUUUUAAUUGGUAUUGUUGUAUGUUUGUUUUUGACUUUGUAUUAUUCAAGAAUAGGUUUUGGUGUAAUUUAUGUGUUUAAU